UCCAGAGCCCAAAUUCGGAAGGGACAUAGAAUAGCUAGCAAUCAAUCACUCAAACGAUCUUCCAGGGUUACUGUGUGUGUGUAGACAAUCCCCCCGCUGCAGUGACAAGCCCUGAACAGACCUGACAGGAAGUCUUGACGGGGCGAGAAUUUGAGCAGGAAGAGGAUGACAGGGAAGGUUUCAGGCCUGACCCAAAAUAGAUUUAAUAUGGACACGUACUUUGAGAUGGCUGGAAGACUUUGAAUUAUCUGGGCCAAGUGCACCACUAGAAAUUGUGAAACAAUGACAUGGAAGGCUUAUGGAUUCUCCGGUACAGGAGGCAACUGGCUGCCUGUGCCUGCCCAUUAUCCAUGCACGAGAUCAUUACAGAGCUCCAGGACCUCCAGAUGUUGACAGAAGAGGAGACCAAGCUGCUCCAGGAAGUUACAUUGUUACCCAUGCGGGCAGAGAACCUCCUAGAUAUCCUGGUAGGGAAGGGCAAGACAUGCCUACAGGCUCUUCAGAGCUGCAUAGAGAAUAGCUGCUCUUACCUGCAACUGCGCAUGCGUCACUACGAUCCGUUAGUUCUAAAACAUCUGGAGAAAGUGAAAACCAAGGACCCAUGCCCACUGUUAACACAGUUAGACCCUCUGCUUAUAGUAGAAGGACUCACAGACGCCCAACUUCAGGAACAUGAUAUUGUGCAGCUGGAGUUAGGUCAGGAAGGAAGGGGGACUCCCAGGCAACUAUCUCUGGAGAAACUUCUGGUCUCCCUCUCACAAGUUAGCCUUCCCCCUCGCAUUACUCUGACUGUGGGAGUGGCAGGAGCUGGAAAAAGCACCCUUGUGAGACUUUUUGUAGAGAGGUGGAUACGGGGUGAAGUGUGCCCUAGCAUCACAAGUGUGAUGGCUCUGAAUCUUUCAGAGUUGAAUGUCUAUGAUCGUCUCUCUACAGAUCGGCUAGUACGACUUGCCAACCCAAGCUAUGUAAAGCCACCUGAAGGAUCUCUUCUCAUUUUGGAUGGGCUGGAUGAGUUAAGAGCACCUCUGGAUUUCUCAGAAUCUAUAGCAUGUACUGACCCCCAAAAGGAACUCACACCAGAAUGUCUGAUAACGAAUAUACUGCGUGGUAACCUACUGUUAGAAACUGCGAUAUGGAUAACCUCCAGGCCUGGGGCAGCAGCCUGGAUCCCUGGAGGACUUGUGGAUCGCAUGACAGAAAUUCCUGGACUCAGGACUGAACAUAUUAGAAAGUUUUUGGAGCAGUUUCUGCCAGAUAACAGUGGCUUAGUCCAACGUGUCUGGGAUCACAUACAGUCCCACCGUUCAUUAAAUGCACUAUGUUCUGUACCUGCCUUAUGCCGCAUUAUUGGGACCUCUUUGGGAUAUUUACUGCACACUCAAGACUCAUCCUGUCUACCAGGAACAUUGUCCACCAUUUUCUCUUGGUAUCUCAAGGCUCAGCUGUGUGACCGUGAUGGCUUAGAGCAAUCUGGCAGUGCCCGACGAACUGUUGCCAAUUUGGGAAGACUGGCAUUCAAUGGACUGAUCAGAAAACGGUCAGUUUUUUAUGAGUCGGACUUAAAAUCCUGUGGAAUUGACACCCCGCUGACCCCAGGCAGCCUCAGUGCCCGCCUACUGCUAUGUCAGCAUUCCCCUUCAUGCCUCUCUUUUUCAUUUUCACACCUCUUAUUGCUGGAGUUUCUAGCUGCCGUCCACUACCAUUCAGCUGCUAAACGAGCCAUAUUUGACCUGUUUGCUGAUGGGGCAAUGUCCUGGCCCAAAUUGGGCUACAUGAACCAUUAUAAAAGUGCUGUUCAGAGGUCUCUGCAGGCAGACGAUAUGCAGAUACCCAUCUUCCUGCGGUUUCUGUCUGGCCUCCUUUCACCGCAGGCCUUGCGUGUGUUGUCCGGAUGCCUCCCUGGAAAGGAAGAGCUAGGUGGGCAUCGUGGGCCGGCAGUUGACUUCUUGCAUAGCUUGCUAUGUGCAGGAAAGGUAGUUUCAUGUAGUACGGUGAACUUAGUCUGCUGCCUGCAGGAACUGGGGCACACAGAACUGACAAGUGGGGUGGAAGAGGACUUCAUAAAUGGAACACUUGGAGGGAAGCUGAAUAUGUUGGGGUGCAGUGCCCUGGCAUACCUACUGCAGGCAUCCAACAGCUGUGCUCAUGAAACUAAUCUUUCCCAGUGUCUUACAUACAACCUAGUGAAAAUUCUCCUGCCACAGCUACAAUACUGUACCAGCAUCAGAAUGGAAAAUAACACUUUCAAAGAUGAUGUGAUGGAGCUUUUAGCCAGUGUCCUGCAUAACAAGGACUGUGCCAUCCAGAGACUUAGCCUGGCAGAGAAUCUCCUGUCUGACCGUGGUGUGAAGGUCCUGGGUAGAGCCCUGAUGGUGAAUCGCACACUUGUUUCACUUGACCUACAUGGGAAUUUUAUUGGUCCUAAAGGUGUAAAGGCUCUCGCAGAAGCUCUGAAAAAUAAUCAAGUCUUGCUCAGCCUAAAUCUACACAAUAACCAGAUUAAGUCAGGCGGCACUCAUUAUCUUGCCGAGUCUUUGCAGGUGAACUGCAAUCUGAAGACGUUAAACAUUCAGAAAAACAAUAUUGAGGCAGAGGGGGCAGAGAGUCUAGCAAGGUGUCUCAAGCAGAACCAAGUCCUUCAGGAGCUGUGGUUGUCCAGUAACACUUUGGGGGACCGAGGUGCCUCAGCUCUGGCUGAAGCUCUUACUGAAAAUUCAAGUUUGAGAACGCUUGAUUUGAAGAGUAAUUCAAUCAGCAACCGUGGAUUAAGUGCAUUGACCAGGGGACUGAGCCGGAACCAGAGCCUGAAACUGCUCAACCUUCGGGAAAACUCAAUCAGCAUCGAGGGUUCCAGGGCUUUGGCAGAAUCUCUCAAAAUAAACUGCACAUUGAAGCACUUGGAUUUGACCGCAAACUUGUUGCACGACGAGGGAGUUGAAGCUCUUGCUGAAUCGCUGAAGGAGAAUCGGAGUCUGGAGUCUCUACACCUCCAGUGGAAUUUCUUGAGGGCUGCAUCGGCUCGCGCUCUGGCUGGUGCCCUCCGUGAAAACCAAUCCUUGACUUGUUUAGACUUGCAGGAGAACUCUCUCGGAGAUGAAGGUACGGCAGAACUCUCCAGCGCUCUACGAGAGAACACCACACUCCAUGCUCUCUAUUUGCAGGGGACAGCUAUUGGACCAUGUGGGGCUCAGUCACUCGCCGAAGCCCUGACUGUGAAUAAAGGAUUGAAGCUUCUCGACCUACGAGGGAAUAACAUUGGCCUACGUGGAGCCAAAGCCUUAGCCGGAGCUUUAAGAGUUAACACCAGCCUGCAAACUCUCAACCUGCAAGAAAACUCCAUAGGUCUGGAUGGUGCGAUAUGCCUGGCCAAUGCAGUGUCCGCAAACCGUUCUCUGACAUUAAUCAGUCUCCAGGGGAACCAUAUUGGUCAGUCAGGAGCUAAGGUGAUAUCAGAGACUAUUCGAAACGAAGCCCCUCACUGCAAAGUUGAAAUCUGACAUCACGUUUCCUGGUGGAUCCCCCUGCAUUGUACUCCGAUCACAGUGAAAGUGGGGGAGAACAGUGAGAUAUGUAAAGCUGGAGGAGGAAGAACAUCCCAGAAUGCACUCUGUUGUAAGCGCAUGGCCUGCAAUAUCAGACACGUAAAACAACAAAUAACAGAUGAAUCUUUCAUUAGGAAUAAUGGACAGAUAAAUUAAACCUUUUUACAUUUGUAAAAAA